CUGUGCCAUGUGUAGAUCGUGAAGGGAAAAGUGAUUGCUUACAGGACAGAUGGGAAGCAGUGAUGGGAAUGAAAUAAUACUCAUCAGGUUCAAUGAUGAGCUUAGGACUCCGAAUCUCUUCCAGGGCCAUUGUAGCUCUGCAGUGGCCUGCUGCAUUUGUUGUUCGAAGCUGUCAUUCAGAUACUGGGGUGAAGCAGCAGCUGGGCACCUCUGUGGGUGACAAGAAGAAUGAAGCUGUCAUUAAAAUUCCCCACCGGAUGCAGCAGCGCAUUGAGACUGUGCAGCAGCUGAAACGCAAGAAGGUGGGGAAAGUGACAACAACCAAAGCUGGAAAGCAGCUUAUUGUCAGCAAAAACAGUAAAUUUAACCAGCCAGCUAGCUACACUGUGGGCAAGUUUGACCAGCCAGUACUGGCAUCUAAAGGCUGGAAGCACUACAAGUCAUUUGGAGACUACUUUAUUAUUAAUAACACCCAGAAUACACCUCCCUUUUUGAAUGCUGAGAAAAACAAAACCGAUAAGGAAACUGAAUCCAUUAAAAAAACUUUUCAGUCAUUGGGCCUUUGCCCUGAAUUAACCAGUGUUCUUCAAAGUGUGGGAAUUGUUCAUCCCACAAUUGUCCAACUCCAGACCAUUCCGAACUUGCUAAGAGGGAAAAAUGUCCUAUGUGCAGCUGAGACUGGAAGUGGAAAAACACUCUGCUAUUUGCUACCCAUCAUCCACAAGCUUCAGGCUGAUCGUGUUCAAGGGUGGGAGCCAAAGGGAAUCGCGGCCCAGAGUAUUGUGCUGGUCCCUUCCCGAGAACUGGCAGACCAAAUUAAAGCUGCUGCCAGACCUUUAUGUGCACCCUUUGGAUUGACCGUGAAGGCGGUUGGUGGUGGCCGAGGACUGGGCAAGAUCAAGCUGGCCUUUUCCAGUGGUACACCUGAGCUUAUCAUUGCCACCCCAGGUGCAUUAUGGAAAGCGAUGCAGAGAAAAUGUGUGGAUCUGAGCUCUCUUGGAUACUGUGUUCUUGAUGAAGCUGACAGUUUGUUUGAUGAGAGCUUUGUGAAUUUAGUGGAAAAAAUCCUGUCUCAGACCCGGGUGGCUUCCAGUCCUGCUGAAACUAAGGGUAUCGACCGAAAAUCACAACUUGUGGUAAUUGGAGCCACAUUCCCAGGAGGUGUUGGGGAGGUAUUGAGUCAAGUCACAGAUUUGGGUAGCAUUGUCACUGUGAAAAGCAAAAACCUGCACUUCCUCAUGCCUCAUGUGCAGCAAACAUUCAUGAAAGUGAGAGGUUCAGAUAAGCUUUUGGAGCUCCUUCACGUUAUUCAGAUGUCUGCUGCUUCUGGUGACAAUGGUGGAGUGGUAGUCUUUUGUAACAGUUCCUCCACUGUUAAUUGGCUUGGGUAUCUUCUGGAUGACAACAAAAUCAAGCACUUGAGGCUGCAGGGUCAGAUGCCUGCUGCAAUGAGAGCAGGAAUAUUCCAGAGCUUUCAGAAGGGCCUAGUGAAUGUUCUUGUGUGCACGGACCUUGCAUCGCGGGGCCUGGACACCAAGCGAGUUAGAACCGUAGUCAAUUAUGACUUUCCCCUGUCUCACACAGACUACAUCCACAGAGCUGGACGUGUUGGCCGGAUGGGCAGCAGUGAGACAGGCUCAGUUAUCAGUUUUGUCACUCAUCCGUGGGAGGUCGAGUUAGUCCAGAAAAUUGAGACAGCAGCACGAAAAAGGACAAGCUUGCCUGGAAUGGAGUCCAAAAUCCGGAAACCAGUAGAAGAGAAAGAUUUGAUUGAGUUUGAGUCAAAUGUAAAGGAGGAGUAGAGUACACUGACAUUCAUUUUACAUAACAGUAGGUAGAACAUUCAUCCUGUUUUGUACUGGCACAUCCAAUUCAGGAUCAUCCAAUGCCUCUUUAGUAGCUUUGGCAAAGUGCAGGAAAAAGCCCAGGAUAGGGAGAAUUUACACAAAAGCAAAUGAAGAAUUUAAAAAAAAAUUGAAUAUUCAGUUGAAAAAAUUAUAUGCAGUAUAUUUGCAUAAGGCUGAUUCAAAACAUUCUCCCAUGUGACUAGAGGUUAAUAGUAAUUAAUUUUGCUCCAUAUUGCGCAAAAUUCAGACCACUAAAGCUUCUUCCUUUGUGGUAUAAGUAGGUGAAAUAUAUGUGAAGAGUUGUAAAAGAGGUUAAUUGAAAUUCUGCUUUAUUUGUAUUUUUUUUUAUGGAAUGUA